AUCGCCCACUUUAAAAACCUAGGAUAUAGAGAAAUAUGAUGGAGGAUCAUCCGACAGGCUUCAGGUUCUAUCCAACGGAGGAAGAGCUCAUCUCUUUCUAUUUGCACAAGCAGCUCGAGGGUUCGCUCCAAGACCGGCUCCUCCGGAUCAUUCCAGUCCUUGACAUUUACGCCACCGAGCCGUGGAAUCUCCCGGAGCUUUCUGGAGAGCUGUGCCGAGAAGACAAAAAGCAGUGGUUCUUCUUCGCUCCGAUGCAGGAGAGAGAAGCCAGAGGAGGGAGACCGAGCAGAAGCACGGCGAUGGGUUAUUGGAAGGCGACUGGGUCGCCUGGUUACAUCUACUCAUCAGACAACAAAGUGAUUGGGAUGAAGAAGUCCAUGAUCUUCUAUGUGGGAAAAGCUCCAACAGGAACAAAAACCAAAUGGAAAUUGAAUGAGUACAGAGCCGCAGAAAUAAUCUCACCUCCCAAUUCCAAUUCCGCAAGUUCUAGUAUGCCCAAGUUUAGGUUGAGGCAAGAAUUUGCAUUGUGCCGAGUAUACAUUGUGUCCGGGAGCUCUCGAGCAUUUGAUCGCCGGCCACCAGAGUUGAUGGCUGGAGAAACAAUACUAGGUGGACAUGGUGGCGGCACCAGCGGUGGAUCGGCAUCAUCAUCAAGGCCAGUGGUAGAAAAUUAUGCCGGAAUUUCUAGUGACAUGGAGACGACAAGUAUGGAUAUAGAAGAACCUAUAUGGGAUUGGGAACAACUCAAUUGGUUUUAGCAGAGUCCUUAGAAAAUCCAGUUUAUGUAUGGAUCUCAUCCAUGGAGCAAUAGAAAUCCCGAUGGAAAAAGGGUUAAUAUCCUCAAAUUAAGUGCAUAUACAAGAGAAUAAUAGAACGUCUCGAUCAAGAUCCAUUAUUUCUACUAUC